AUGAUCAACAUCUCCAGACUCGCCCACUACCAGAGACAGGAUCUCAAGAACUUGAUGUUGCUACUCCAGGAGUUCGUCAUCACCUACAAGGACAACAAGGUCAAGAUCAACUACCAGUCAAGACCUGUUAUCCUCUUCUUAUCAACUUUGGUGGCUACUGCUGGUUUUGGAGCCUACUUCACAGUGAGAAACAUCCUCACCAAGUAUAACGAAUAUGUGCUAAACAAAAGGUUGGCACGUCCUGCUUUGAUCAGACAGUCGUCAACAAUAUUGAAGAAUGGCUCGCGUGAGAUCUUUAUCCCGAAAGGCAAGAAUAAAGUGUCCAGAAUCAUCAUUCCCAAGCCUAAUUUGGACCAGUACGCUGCUGACAAGUAUUUGUACAAGAAUUUCAUCAUCAACCAGGAGAUCCAGAGCCAGCAGAGAGGAACCAUCUUUAGUUCCAAGUUUCUCAGCCAGUUGGCUAUCAUAUGGCGGAUCUUGAUUCCCAAGUUCUACUGUAAAAACACCUCAUUGUUACUUUCUCAGUGCUUUUUCCUCUUGAUGAGAACAUGGUUGUCGUUACUUGUAGCCAAGUUAGACGGUCAGAUCGUUAAAAAUUUGAUUGCAGCCAACGGGAGAAAAUUCUCGCGUGAUUUGAUCUAUUGGCUCUUAAUUGCGUUCCCAGCCUCAUACACCAAUGCCGCCAUUAAGUACUUGGAUAGUAGACUUUCACUAGGCUUCAGAACCAACCUUACAAGAUACAUCCAUGACAUGUACUUGGACAAAGUCAUGGCGUACUACAAAAUCUCGUUGAACACCAACGACAUCCAGAACAUCGACCAAUACAUUACUAAUGAUGUAGCCAAAUUCUGUGAUACACUCUCGGGUUUGUUCUCUAGUAUGGGUAAACCUUUCAUAGACUUGAUCUUUUUCUCGGUGUAUUUGAGGGACAAUUUAGGAACAGGUGCAAUCAUUGGUAUUUUCGCCAACUACUUCCUUACGGCAGCGUUGUUGAGAAGAGCUACACCAGCUUUUGGGAAGUUGUCUUCGCGUAGAACUCAUUUGGAAGGAGCGUAUUUCAACGACCAGUUGAACUUGAUGACCAACUGUGAAGAGAUUGGUUUCUAUAAGGGCUCCAUAAUCGAGAAAGCCAAGCUUCAGGAGAGUUUUCAAAAUUUAAUGAGCCAUGUCAAUAAGGAAAUCAACAUCUCGUUUCCGUACUCUAUUUUAGAAGAUUAUGUCUUGAAAUACACUUGGUCUGCUUGGGGUUAUAUUUUUGCAGGGUUGCCAGUAUUCCUUGACGAGAUCUGGCCGGCUCAAGAUAAGCCGGACACCAAAGCUGAUAAGAAAGCUGUUGCCGCGAAUGAAAGACAAAACAUGAGACAAUUCAUUAUCAACAAGAGAUUGAUGUUGUCUUUGGCAGAUGCUGGCUCUAGAUUGAUGUACUCUAUUAAGGAUGUCAACCAGUUGACUGGAUAUACCGACAGAGUGUUCAAUUUAUUGACCAAUUUGCACAAGGUGCAUUCUCCCAGAUACAACUUUGGCUCUGCCCUUGGCUUUUCAGACAUCCAUGGAACCAUCCAGAACAACUACAACGAUGGGAUCAGAUUCGAGAAGAUUUCGGUGAUCAUUCCCUCUUCUUUAGGCUCGGAAAAUGAGCCAUUGGUGGAAAAUUUGAACUUCCAGGUGCUGCACAACAAGAAUUUGUUGAUUUUGGGAUCCAACGGUUGUGGAAAGACAUCUAUUGCUAGAAUCAUCGCUGGCUUAUGGCCAUUGUACCGUGGAUUAUUGUCCAAACCCAACGAUGACGAUAUUUUCUAUUUGCCACAGAAGACAUACUUCACCACUGGAAACUUACGUGACCAAAUCAUCUACCCAUACACCUAUAACGAUAUCUUGGAAAUGGGCUACAAUGACGACUUCUUGUACCAUAUUUUGCGUGAGGUCAAGUUGGAGUAUUUGUUGAAGAGAGAGGGCAACUUCAACGUCGUCAAAGACUGGAAGGACGUGUUCAGCGGUGGAGAAAAGCAGAGAAUGAGUAUUGCCAGAGUUUUGUUCAAGAACCCCAAGUUGGUUAUCUUGGACGAAAGCACUAAUGCUGUCUCAACCGAUGUGGAAGAUUACCUCUUCGAAUUGUUGCAGAAGAAAAAGAUCACCUUCAUCACCUUGAGUCACCGCCCCUUGUUGAUGAAGUAUCAUGAUUUUAUCUUGGAGAUUGAGGAAGACAGCAGCUGGAAAUUCCACGACUUGACGUCUGAAGAAAACUUGAAGUCAAUCGAUAACGAGAUCAAUGAAAUUGAAGACAAGUUAGCACAAGUAGAUAAAUGGGAAAAGAGAAAGAGCGACAUCGAAAAGUACUUGGAUGGCAAGUAUGAAGACAUUGCUAUUGAGUCCAGUAUUGAGUUGCCAGCUCCAUUAACUUCUCAGAAUUGUAGUAGAUGA